UCGCAUAGCGAUGGCGUGGGAGGGCAGCAGAGAAGGUUUGACUCGUUGUUUAGCUGUCCUGUUUGGCUGUUUGUUUCUACUCAUAUCGUGGGCUUAUCUCUUUCUGACCGUGUGAAUGUGUCUGUAUAUACCACCAAUGGACGAUGUCUACUGUGAUGAAGAAAUAUUUGACAUGCACAAUCUGUCUAGAGCUCUACACUGAUCCCAGAGGCCUGCCUUGUCACCAUGCGUUCUGCUAUGCGUGUCUGAACAGCCAUAUUAACACUACGGUUGAAAAAGGAAAGAAAAGCUUCAAAUGCCCGCUUUGUCGAAAGAGAACAAAACCAGAACGUCCCCAAAAACCAAUAACGACCUGGGCCAAUCAAUUCAAACACGAUUUCAAGCUGACGUCCAUGCUUGAAGAUUUGGAACGAUGUGUCCCAAAGACCACUUUAGAGAGUGAGCCAGUUAACAACGCCGCUACAUCAACAACAACGGAAGCAGCAGCAGCAGCUUCAGCAGCACCCAAAUCGGCCAUGCCUUCUUCGCAGAUGGGCGCACCUGAAAUGGGCCCAACACCCAAGUUGAGACAGCAACCACGACACUUGUCAGCUGCAACAACUCAGGAUAAUGCCCGUACUUCGCUUCUGGACGGCCCCGAACGUAAGGAAGGGACCCAAUAUCAUGAUACGAUCCCUAGUUCCAUAUUUCACCCAGUUGAUACAAAGGAAGAAGACAAAAGCAUCCGUGCAAUAGCGGGAUCUGUUGAGAGAUGUAUCGUCCUUGCCGCUGCAGAUCAGGUGAGCUAUGACCUCACGGUACUUGUACAGGGUGAGAAGAGAAUAAUACUGACGCCUCAUUACGAAAGGAAGAGUAUUCUUGCCAUCACACUUAAUCCACAAAUGGAUGAGGUCAGCAGAUGUUCCCUCGACCUUCAGGCAACUCCUAGUCGUAUCUGUCACCUCGAUAACACUACUGUGGCUGUAACAACGUCAGAUCCAAAUACAGUUGCAGUCUAUGGGAUGCAGGAUGAGCUACUGUUGCGGAAUCGAAUUCCAACAAAGAAAACGUAUGAUGGAAUUGCGUGUUUAGAUGGUAGGUUAUUUGUUGUAACCACUGGAACAGAUGUUGACAUCCUUGACUGGGAUGGUAGAGUACUAGCCGAGCACAAACUCACAAUUCCCAAUGUGUUACGACCAGACAAUUGCUACGUCUCUGUGACCCCUGAUGGGGCGAUGAUAGUUACUGAUCUUUUUGGACAUGCCCUGUCGUGUCUAAAACGGGACGGUAAAUUGUUUUGGCAGAAAAGAAAAAGAUUUUUAAAAACCCAAUGGGAACUGCUGUUGACUACAGUGGUGCUAUUUUCUUGGCUGACCAUGACUCUGAAGCAAUCUUGCAGCUGAACAAAAUGGGUUUGGUGGUUUCUAAUGUUGUGGUGAAAUCGGAGCAGUUCAGAAAACCAUCCGCUGUUGUGGUGGACAAUACGGGGUAUAUGUACGUGAUUUGUGACUAUAAUUUCAUCGCUGUGGUGAAACUAUCGAACCGUGAUUCGUAGCAUGGCCAUCCACGCACUACACAAUAAUAUAGAUGAUUAGUCCUAGGCCAAAUGUUAGAAAAGUCCUUAUCUUUUAGGGUCUCUCAGCAGCAGUAAAGACGUUAUCCAGUAAUUGGUAUGACAACUCCCACCCUCCAGAGAUUCUUGUCAAU